AUGUCAGACGAAGCGGUGGCAUCUAUUUCGCGUGUCUACUCGAUGCAAGCUCAAUGUUUUACGCUGCACUCAACGACGGUUAUCACACAGCCAUCCAUUGACAUGAUGGGAACGGAGAAUGCUCCCGUAUUUAAUGCCCCAGGCGGCGGCAACGCAAAGAUUUUUGGCCCAGAUGGACGUCAUCUAUCCAAGGAUCUAUCUCCUUGCGAAGAGGGGAUGGUGUUUGCGGAUCUGAAUUUCGAUCUCAUCAUCAAGGAGAAGGCCUUUUUAGACACAUGCGGACACAAUACCAAGCCAGAACUGAUUUGGCUUGGGCGGGACGUUUCAGAGAAGACGCCCGUGCGUGAUAUUUAA